AUGCCUACGCUCGGCUCGUCGUCGACCACAGCUGGUUCAUCUUCGCCAUCGCAGACUCAGGUCUCCGAGCCCGCCAACCUCAACUAUGCCUUCCUCAUUCAUUCCCAAAAGACCUUGACCCAGAAUCUACCGCCUCGCGUUGACAACAAGCUACUGGCCCGGCAAAAACGCAGGCGUACGAGUCCCGAAGACCAUGCCAUUCUGGAGGCAGAGUACAAGACGAACCCCAAGCCUGACAAAGUCGCCCGCGCAAGCAUAGUCAGUCGAGUGGCUCUAGGCGAAAAAGAGGUGCAGGUAUGGUUUCAGAACAGACGACAGAACGACCGACGGAAGUCAAAACCUCUAGAACCACAUGAACUCGUCGGACCCCGUGCUUCCACCAGCAAUGCAGACAGUUCACCAGACAAUCGGAACUCGGGGCCACCAGAGCCGAGCUUCUCGUUCGGAAGUGUUCCAAGUGACGAUCCAGUCGGGUAUCUAGAUGUAGACGGGAAGGCAAAACUAGAUGCCAGCAAAGUGCCUGCGGAUAUACUAGUCAGUAGCAGUGAUGGGCCAGAAGUAGACCUUCCAAGCUCUCAAGUGCACGGCGAAAUACCCUCAUCCCAAACAACUCGUUCACUCUGCCACCCGUCUGAGAUUCUGCAGGAGACUCCGCAGGAGCUUUCACUUGACAUUGUCGACCACAACAAGGCUGUCGGAAUUUUGGCAGAGCUUACAGGUCUGGGAGUGGAGUUGAAUCCAAGAAAAAGGGCAUUGUCCACCACUGACGCUGUGCCACAAGCGAUCGAUGUUGAACAGCCGCGAAAGGACUUUAAAUCCCCCCCUUCGCUUCGCAUUUCCAUGUCAUUCGACGGGGAAGCCCUUGUCAGGCAUGAUGGGGAGCCGACGCCAUCCCCUCCGAAGCCGCGUACUGCGGUACGAAUCUCCCUAUCUUCAGAUGGUGAAGCUCUAGUUCGCGGUGAAGACGAGCCAUCGCCCUCUAAAAACCGCAUGCGCAUGAUCCCCAGUCGUACCAACCGACAAUCUGGACUAAAAAGAAGUACAAGUGCCGUUACCUUUGGUUCCUCCCAAAUUAUAACGGACCGAGAAGGGUUUAACAGACUCUUUGGGCGAUCUCGAGACGCUCGUAUGUGGGAGCUUUACUGCGACACAGAUGCCCGAAGUGCGUUAUCAACCCCAGGAGGCUCUCAGAGCGGAAAUUCAGCACCCACACCGGGACUUAAUCGAUCGGGAAGCAAUCGAUCGCUUGUCCGAACGAACUCGUUUUCCAAAUCCUUGUGCUCUACCCGGCCCGAAGCUGAGAGUCAUUCAACGUCUGUCGAGUAUUCAAGCAAGAAAAGGAGGAAGCUCGGCCGUACCGUAUCUUCUUUGGGGCGAUUGGAAUCGGUCCAACGCGUCGUAUUAGCAGAUCACAGUGCUAAAAAGCCGGUUCUCUCGGAUGGAAAGACAUUCAAGGACUAUGCAAAGGAAGUCGAUUGGGAAGCAGGCGAUUCGGAUAAAGAAAAUUGGGUUCCAGGCACACAACAGCGGGCAAUGCCAGGCCGUCACCGUAGGGUAAAUUCUCAUGCUCCUCGUCCCGUGCUGAGGGUUAAUGGCGUACGAAAAAACACCGCGGUUGACGAUCUGGCACUAGCUGCUAACGGGAAACGUGGUCGAGUGUCGCGUGGCGGGCAUUGUGGCAACAAGGAAAAUGAACUCUAUCAUCCUGCCAAAAUUGAUGCCGAAGUGGCUGCGUUCAUGUCCAAAACGAGUUCCUCCAGUCGAGAAGAAGAUUUGGAUUGCAUACAAGGACUAUUGUCUUUGAGUCAAGGAGCAUGGAAGUGA